CCCCCACUCGCAACCAUCUCACCACAGCAAAACAGCAGCAGCAGCAGCGAUCGAGCCACUUCCUGCAACGACUCGUCGAUCUCUGCUUCACCCUUGCACGUAAACUCACUCUCCAAUGGCGACAGCGGUGAUGGCCUCCAUGAGCUCCCUCGCCUUCACCAACGGCCGCCUCCCCGCCCGGCUCCCGGCGGCCGCGCUCGCGCCGCGCCGACGCGCCCUGGUCGUCAGGGCCCAGAGCGAGCCGGAUGUUGAGCCAACGGAGGAGACGACCGCGGCAACCACCUCCUCCUCCUCGCCUUCUCCGACCCCAGCAGCGGCGCCCACCACCCCGACGCCCAAGCCCAAGGCGAAGGCGGCGAGCCCGGGGCUCUGGGACGCGCUGGCGUUCAGCGGCCCUGCUCCCGAGCGGAUCAACGGGCGCCUCGCCAUGGUCGGCUUCGUGUCCGCGCUCGCCGUCGAGGCGUCCCGCGGCGGCGGCCUCCUCUCGCAGGCCGGCAGCGGCUCCGGGCUGGCCUGGUUCGCGGCUACGGCUGCCGUGCUGUCCGUGGCGUCGCUGGUGCCGCUGCUGAAAGGGGAGAGCGCCGAGGCCAGGAGCGGCGGCGUCAUGAGCGCCGACGCCGAGCUCUGGAACGGCCGCUUCGCCAUGCUCGGGCUCGUCGCGCUCGCCGUCACCGAGUACAUCACGGGCGCGCCGUUCGUCAACGUGUGAAUACGUCGUAGCCUCGUAGCCCCUGCGUACGUUUGUACGUGUAUGUAUGUAAUAGCUAAAUUCGAUACCUGGCAUGUUCAUAAUGUCGUUCUUUGAAAUACCUUAAGUGCUCAAAAGGCUGAAUUAUUUGAGAUCUAGAAA